AUGGAGAAAGGAACCUCCAAUUCAUCAAGCACCAAAAGCCCAUCUGAGCCACUGCAACAAGAACAGGCGGCAGAGUGCUUGAAUGAUGAAGAUGUUGGUAGCGAUGAGUCUUUAGAGGAAGAAGAUAUGUUGGAGAAGAUGUUUGUAACCCCCGUUAGUGGUUACAUGUUACCAAAGAUCGAAUGUGGUGAUUACCCAGAACAAGAAGUUGUGAAUUCUUCAUAUCUUGAGUUCCCUAUUCAUGGUGAAGAUGAAGAUGAAGACCAACCCUUUGGUUUUUGGUCUUACUAA